GCGCGAGGGGGAGGCGGAGACGGAGGAAGGUCCGAGGAGCCGCUCCAGUCCCCGCCGAGCCGCCACCGCAGGGCGAGGCCGGUCGGAGUCCCCCGCGGCGGGAGGAGCCUGUUCCCCCUGAGGAUAUUUGAAGCUUACCAUACAACUGUUCUGAAAAUUCUGCGUGGACAAUGACUACUCAAGCUGAUUUGUUGGAGCUUGACAUGGCCAUGGAGCCGGACAGAAAAGCAGCAGUGAGUCACUGGCAGCAGCAGUCUUACUUGGACUCUGGAAUCCAUUCUGGUGCCACCACCACAGCGCCUUCUCUCAGUGGGAAAGGCAAUCCUGAAGAGGAAGAUGUGGAUACCACCCAGGUGCUGUACGAGUGGGAACAGGGGUUUUCUCAGUCCUUCACUCAAGAACAAGUAGCUGAUAUUGAUGGACAAUAUGCAAUGACUCGCGCUCAGAGGGUCCGAGCUGCCAUGUUCCCUGAGACACUAGAUGAGGGCAUGCAGAUCCCCUCUACACAGUUUGAUGCUGCUCAUCCUACUAAUGUCCAGCGAUUGGCUGAACCAUCACAGAUGCUCAAACAUGCUGUUGUAAAUUUGAUUAAUUACCAAGAUGAUGCAGAACUUGCCACACGAGCAAUCCCUGAACUGACGAAACUGCUAAACGAUGAGGACCAGGUGGUGGUUAAUAAGGCUGCAGUUAUGGUCCAUCAGCUUUCUAAAAAGGAGGCUUCCAGACACGCCAUCAUGCGUUCUCCUCAGAUGGUGUCUGCUAUUGUACGCACCAUGCAGAAUACAAAUGAUGUGGAAACAGCUCGCUGCACUGCUGGGACCUUGCACAACCUCUCUCAUCAUCGUGAGGGCUUGUUGGCCAUCUUUAAGUCUGGAGGUAUUCCUGCUCUUGUGAAGAUGCUUGGUUCACCAGUGGAUUCAGUAUUAUUUUAUGCCAUUACAACUCUGCACAACCUCUUAUUACACCAAGAAGGGGCUAAAAUGGCAGUACGCUUAGCUGGUGGACUGCAGAAAAUGGUUGCCUUGCUCAACAAAACAAAUGUUAAGUUCCUGGCUAUUACAACAGACUGCCUUCAGAUUUUAGCUUAUGGCAAUCAAGAAAGCAAGCUCAUCAUUCUCGCCAGUGGUGGACCUCAAGCUUUAGUAAAUAUAAUGAGGACCUACACUUAUGAGAAACUACUGUGGACCACAAGCAGAGUACUGAAGGUGCUGUCGGUCUGCUCUAGUAAUAAGCCCGCUAUUGUAGAGGCUGGUGGAAUGCAAGCUUUAGGACUUCACCUGACGGAUCCAAGUCAACGUCUUGUUCAAAACUGUCUUUGGACUCUUAGGAAUCUUUCAGAUGCAGCAACUAAACAGGAAGGAAUGGAAGGUCUUCUUGGGACCCUUGUUCAACUUCUGGGCUCAGAUGAUAUAAAUGUGGUGACCUGUGCAGCUGGAAUUCUUUCUAAUCUCACUUGCAACAAUUACAAGAAUAAGAUGAUGGUGUGCCAAGUGGGUGGUAUAGAGGCUCUUGUGCGUACUGUCCUUCGUGCGGGUGAUAGAGAGGACAUCACUGAACCUGCCAUAUGUGCUCUUCGUCAUUUGACCAGCCGACACCAGGAAGCAGAGAUGGCUCAAAAUGCUGUUCGUCUUCACUAUGGACUACCAGUUGUGGUUAAGCUUCUACAUCCGCCAUCCCAUUGGCCUCUGAUCAAGGCUACUGUUGGAUUGAUUCGGAAUCUUGCCCUUUGUCCAGCAAAUCAUGCACCUUUGCGUGAGCAGGGAGCCAUUCCACGACUAGUUCAGUUGCUGGUUCGUGCACAUCAGGAUACCCAGCGCCGCACAUCCAUGGGUGGAACCCAGCAGCAGUUUGUGGAGGGAGUCCGCAUGGAAGAAAUAGUUGAAGGUUGCACUGGAGCCCUUCACAUCCUAGCUCGGGAUGUUCACAACCGAAUUGUAAUCAGAGGACUAAAUACCAUUCCAUUGUUUGUGCAGCUCCUUUAUUCUCCCAUUGAAAAUAUCCAAAGAGUAGCUGCAGGGGUCCUCUGUGAACUUGCUCAGGACAAGGAGGCUGCAGAAGCUAUUGAAGCUGAGGGAGCCACAGCACCUCUAACAGAAUUACUUCACUCAAGGAAUGAAGGUGUCGCAACAUAUGCAGCUGCUGUUCUGUUCCGAAUGUCUGAAGACAAACCACAGGAUUACAAGAAAAGACUUUCAGUUGAGCUGACUAGUUCUCUCUUCAGAACAGAGCCAAUGGCUUGGAAUGAGACUGCUGAUCUAGGACUAGAUAUCGGUGCCCAGGGAGAACCUCUAGGAUAUCGCCAGGAUGAUCCCAGCUAUCGUUCUUUUCACUCUGGUGGAUAUGGCCAGGAUGCCUUGGGUAUGGACCCCAUGAUGGAGCAUGAGAUGGGUGGCCAUCACCCUGGUGCUGACUAUCCAGUUGAUGGGCUGCCAGAUCUAGGCCAUGCCCAGGACCUCAUGGAUGGGCUGCCACCAGGUGACAGCAAUCAGCUGGCCUGGUUUGAUACUGACCUGUAAAUCAUCCUUUAGGUAAGAAGUUUAAAAGCCAGUUUAAAAGUAAAAGUACUUUUACUCUGCCUACAGAACUUCAGAAAGACUUGGUUGGGUGGGAGUGGUUUAGGCCUGUUUGUAAAUCUGCCAGUUUAAAAGAAGUUUAAAAGUAAAAAUACUUUUACUCUGCCUACAGAACUUCAGAAAGACUUGGUAGGGUGGGAGUGAUUUAGGCCCGUUUGUAAAUCUGCCACAAAAACAGAUACAUACUUUGAAAGGAGAUGUCUUGGAACAUUUGAAUGUUCUCAGAUCUGGUUGUUAUACGUGGUCAUGUGUGGAAGUUAUUGACUUAAAUGUUGUUUUUUGUUUUUUUGUUUUUGUUUUUUGCCACAGCUUUUGCAGCUUAAAACUCAGUUGAGUAACAUUUGCUGUUUUAAACAUUAAUAGCAGCCUUUCUCUCUUUAUACAGCUGUAUUGUCUGAACUUGCAUUGUGAUUGGCCUGUAGAAUUGCUGAGAGGGCUCGAGGGGUGGGCUGGUAUCUCAGAAAGUGCCUGACACACUAACCAAGCUGAGUUUCCUAUGGGAACAAUUGAAGUAAACUUUUUGUUCUGGUCCUUUUUGGUCGAGGAGUAACAAUACAAAUGGAUUUUGGGAGUGACUCAAGAAGUGAAGAAUGCACAAGAAUGGAUCACAGGAUGGAAUUUAUCAAACUCUAGCCUUGCUUGUUAAAUUUUUUUUUAAAUAUCUGUAAUGGUACUGACUUUGCUUGCUUUGAAGUAGCUGUUUAAUUUUUUUCCAGUAACUGUUAGUUUUUUAAGUCUCUUGUAGUAUUAAGUUAUAGUGAAAACUGCUACAGCAAUUUCUAAUUUUUAAGAAUUGAGUAAUGGUGUAGAACACUAAUUCAUAAUCACUCUAAUUGUAAUCUGAAUAAAGUGUAACAUGUGUAGCCUUUUGUAUAAAAUAGACAAAUAGAAAUGGUCCAAUUAGUUUCCUUUUUAAUAUGCUUAAAAUAAGCAGGUGGAUCUAUUUCAUGUUUUUGAUCAAAAACUUUAUUUGGGAUAUGUAUGGGUAGGGUAAAUCAGUAAGAGGUGUUAUUUGGAACCUUGUUUUGAACAGUUUACCAGUUGCCUUUUAUCCCAAAGUUGUUGUAACCUGCUGUGAUACAAUGCUUCGAGAGAAAAUGCGGUUAUAAAAAUGGUUCAGAAUUAAACUUUUAAUUCAUUCGA